AUGGAAGAGAAUCUAACUGGAGCAGAUUACACCGACUAUGAAUCAAAUUUCACAGAUUGCACUUAUAUAGGUACGGACCAUCUAGAGGUGAAGAUCUACUUGAUUGGGGUGUUCGCCACGUUUAUUGCCAUUCUUUCCAUCAUAUUCAACACAUUCUUCACUGUUGUGUUUCUGACUAAUCAUUCAAUAAGGAAAUCACCCGUCUUUUACUUCGGUAUUCUGGCUGUUAUUGACACGGUAAUGGCAGUGAACUAUAUCGCUCUGAUGUCAAUCCCGGUAUAUAUGGAUUACUAUCACAUCUUGCCGGUCUAUUACUUAUUCCUUUCGUACUUCCGCGUGAUAUUGAUGGAGAGCAACUCAGCGAUGUUCGCAUCAAUGCUUCUUAUUGUGCUAGCCACGACGGAACGACUGCUACGUACAUUUCAUGGCGCCACGAUACUUAAAGCAAGGAAGUUCCUUACCAAUCACCGUCCUUCUGUAUGUGCUUUCGUAAUUCUACUAGCUAUCGCGUACAAAAUUUGCAACUAUUGGGAAACUGAUGUGCAAUGGAAGCCGAUGUGCGAGGGAUGGGGACAGUAUGAAAUUAUCCCUGGACCAUUGACCGCGUACUACAACUAUAAAUUUUGGUGGAUGUUCAUUACAAGAAAUGCACUGGAUCGUAUAUUGCCAUUCUUCGUGCUUGUCGCGAUGAAUUACUUAAUCAUUAAGGCACUAAAAAAGGAGUAUGUUAGACAGAGCGUCAGCAAAUAUCCGUCUACAAAAAAGGCACCUAGCAUUCAACUUGUAUUCGAUGAAGCAUGUACUAGUACAGAAGUGUUUCAGGAUGCAACAAGGGCACUGAUCAGCAUUGUUUCGAUGUACCUUAUGUCACAGUCUCUACAGGUUGUGCUGACUUUCUGGGAGACAUUCGAUAGAGAAAGUCUUGAAUCCGAAGAGAUGGAGCUUGUAUAUUCAUACUUGAAUGACAUCGUUAGCAUUCUUACGCUGCUAUCGAGCUGCCUGCGAUUUCCUGUGUACUGCUCCUGCAAUCGGCUCAUCUCUUCUGCCUCAGCUCAAACACUUCGACAGUUGAAAAGCAUGUGUUUCGAAGAAAAGAAGAUUGCACAGAGAUACAGCCCUAUUCAAAAUUGUCAGCAUUUGGCACAAAAGGACGGAGACCAGAUGUACAAAUCUUCAGACACAAGUGGACAACCAGGCACCGCAGAAGCAAAGAUUUCUGGUGCCGUUUACAAUGAUGUUCUCAAAGAGUGGCAAUUAUGA